AUGCUUCUCACCUUGCACGACAAGCUAGGUCUAUGCCCACCCAACGAACCGAACUCAAAUGUCAAGCAUGUCCUUGAUGUCGGAACUGGUACAGGAAUGUGGGCUAUGGACUUUGCAGAUGAACAUCCUGAAGCUGAGGUUCUUGGCGUGGAUCUUUCGCCAGUUCAGACAAUGUAUGUUCCGCCCAAUGCGACAUUCGAGAUCGACGAUGUCGAAGAACAGUGGACAUACAGUCGUCCCUUUGAUUACAUCCACGUGCGUGGAAUGACGUCCAGCAUCUCUGAUUGGAGGAAGUUCUUUGAUUCAUGUUUCGAGCACCUCGAACCCGGCGGGUAUCUCGAGUUGCAGGAGGGUCACAUGAGACCAGACUGUGACGAUGGGACGCUUACGAGGGAUCAUGCGAUUUCCAAUCUCGUAAGGGUGAUCGAGCAGGCUGGUUUUAUUGACGUCAAAAUGUUCAAGUUCAAGUGGCCUCUCAAUCCAUGGGCUAAGGGAAACCAUUAUAAGCUCAUGGGUGUAUGGACUGAAGAGAACUUCCAUGAGGGCAUUGAAGCGUGGACCCUAGCUCCUCUGACCAGAGCGCUCGGAUGGACGCCAGAGGCAGUCUUGGCGCUUCUCGAAGAGGUGCGAAAGGAAUUGAGUGACGUUCACAUACAUGCGUAUCUUCCGAUGUAA